AUGGAUGAUGAAGACGUCCAAUUUUAUCAAGUUCACAAUGUUGUUAUUCAAAAAAUUGGCAAUGUUCCGUUAGCUAACGGUGAUUUUACAAAGAUUCCACGUCAAGUACAAUCAUGGGUGGCACAAAUGGUUCAACUGUGUACACCUCGAGGUAUUUACAUUUGCGAUGGCUCGCAAGAAGAAGCCGAUAUGGUUAUUCAGAAAUUAAUUGACCGAGGAACAUUGACUCAACUCAGAAAAUAUGAAAAUUGUUACAUUUGUCGAACUGAUCCGAAAGAUGUAGCAAGAGUGGAGUCAAAAACCUGGAUUGUAACUCAAGAUCGUUAUACAACGUUGCCACAUUCACAGGAAGGUGUAAAAUGUGUACUUGGUCAAUGGAUGUCACCAGAUAACAUGAAAAAAGAACUUGAUGAACGUCUUCCAGGAUGUAUGGCCGGUCGAAUGAUGUAUAUAAUUCCGUUUUCAAUGGGUCCGAUUGGUUCUUCAUUGUCAAAAUAUGGUGUUCAAGUUACAGAUUCAAAUUAUGUUUUACUUUGUAUGAGAAUAAUGACACGUGUUUCAUCAGAUGUAUGGUCACAUCUUAAAGAUGGUGAAGAAUUUGUUAAAUGUCUCCAUUCAAUGGGUUGUCCAAGACCACAUCAACAAAAAGUUAUCAAUCAUUGGCCGUGUAAUCCGGAGAAAACAAUCAUAACACAUUUUCCUGAUAUUCGAAAAGUUAUAUCCUUUGGCAGUGGCUAUGGUGGUAAUAGUUUAUUAGGCAAAAAAUGUUUUGCUCUACGUAUCGCUGGACGAAUUGCUUAUGAUGAAGGAUGGUUUGCUGAACAUAUGUUAAUUAUGUCUGUUACAAAUCCAAAAGGAGAAGAAAAAUUUAUUGCUGCAGCUUUUCCAUCUGCUUGUGGCAAAACAAAUUUAGCUUUACUGACACCAUCAAUUGAAGGUUAUACGGUUAAAUGUGUUGGUGAUGAUAUUGCAUGGAUGCGAUUCGAUAAAGAAACUGGUGAAUUAAAGGCAAUCAAUCCAGAAGCUGGCUUCUUUGGCGUUGCACCGGGAACAAAUAUGAAAACAAAUCCGAUAGCAAUGCGUACAUGUCUCAAAAAUUCUAUAUUUACAAAUGUAGCCGAAACCGAAGAUGGAGGUUUCUUCUGGGAAGGCAUGGAGGAUGAAGUUGAAAAAGGCACAGAAAUAACAUCAUGGCUCGGUGAAAAAUUUAAAUUGGGUGAUAUCAAAAAUUUUAAAGCCGCACAUCCAAAUGGUCGUUUCUGUUGUCCAGCUUCACAAUGUCCGGCUAUACACCCAAAAUGGGAAGAUCCAGCUGGUGUUCCCAUAUCUGCGAUUAUAUUUGGUGGUCGAAGACCGGAAGGCGUUCCAUUGAUUAUUGAAUCGUUUGAUUGGAAACAUGGUGUUUUUCUUGGAGCACAAAUGAAGUCCGAAACAACAGCUGCUGCGGAACAUACGGGAAAAGCAAUAAUGCACGAUCCGAUGGCAAUAAGACCAUUCGUUGGUUAUAAUUUUGGACAUUAUUUACAACAUUGGCUUAAUUUUGAAAAAGACCCUAAAAAUAAAGUAUGUCUACUAUAAUUUCUUUGCUGAGAAUUAGCAAUAUUCAUUUUUUUAUGUUUUUAUCUCUUUAGUUACCAAAAAUAUUCCAUGUCAAUUGGUUUCGUCUAGAUAAAAAUAAGAAAUUCUUAUGGCCUGGAUACGGUAG